UUUAGUCACUUUUAGUUUGAAGUAGUUUCAGCUUGAACCCUUGACUUGAUUCGAGAGUUGAAACCCUCCGUGGCUGACUGGAACUGGAACUGGAACUGGACCUGUCAAACACUCCACUCUCAUCUCCCUCAUCAACGCUAGGCUCUCUCUUUUUCGCAUUUUACCCAUAGCCGAAGAUGAGUCGGCAUCCGGAGGUUCUGUGGGCUCAGCGAUCCGAUAAGGUAUACCUGACGGUGGCUCUUCCUGACGCCAAAGACAUCAAUGUAAAGUGCGAGCCUCAGGGUUUGUUUUCUUUCUCAGCUUUGGGAGCUCAAGGAGAACGCUUUCACUUCAGUUUAGCACUUUAUGGACCCAUACUCCCUGAGGGUUGUAAGACAAAACCUGGAUUAAGGAACAUAAUAUGCUCAAUCCAGAAAGAACAGAAAGGUUGGUGGAAACGAUUAUUGAAAACAGAAGAAAAACCUGCACCUUACCUGAAAGUUGAUUGGAACAAGUGGUGUGAUGAGGAUGAGGAAGAGUCAAGAUCUGACUCUGCUUCGGAGGAUGGCGAUCAUGCUGCGUAUGUCGGUGAAGACGACGAAAGUAGUGAUGAUGAAGGAAUGCUUUAUCUCCCUGACCUGGAAAAGGCACGAGGAAACUAGCUAUGGGGAGUACUAACAAGUAACAUGCACCUGGCGAUGCAGUUAAACAACUCCCUUAUCAGAUAAUUGAUAGGUAUAUAUACUAGGGAACUGUUGAGUUUGAUGAAUUAUAACAUAUAUAUAACUGAGACUGUACAUAAUCUGACAGUGCUUCCUUUAUGCUCUAACUCUAACCUAUGAAUCGUUUGGUCUCUAAACUUGAGAUGAUUUUUGCUGCUGUAGUCAUACUACCACGGGUAUUAUCCUUAAAUUUUAGAUUUUGAUCACUA